AUGGCGCCGACGAACGAUGUCAUAUCUCGGGUCGAUAGUAUCAGUGAUGAGGAUCCUACAGAGAAGAGCAACUCGGAGCUCAACAAGAGACUCUUGGCCAUUGAGUGGCAUGAAGAUGAGGAGAAGAAGAUUCUGCGGCGUUUAGAUUUCUAUUUGAUUCCGUUGGUCAUGGUUAUGUUCUUUACUUUGAACUUGGACAGAGGCAACAUAUCCAAUGCCCUUACUGAUAACAUGAUGGCCGACCUCUCUAUCACUCAAGAGAUUGUCAAUACAGGCAAUAGUCUUGUCUAUGUCGGUAUAUGCAUUGGGGAUAUUCCAGCAAAUAUUAUGAUUCAAAAGAUUGGUGCUGAUAUUUGGCUUCCAUGCCAGCUUCUUGCCUGGGGUCUCGUGGCCACCUUUCAAACCUUCAUCAAAAAUAAGUCUGGAUUCCUAGCCACCCGUUUCUUGCUUGGACUAUGUGAAUCGGGUUUCAUUCCUGGUACAUUAUGGUACCUUACCAAGUGGUACACAAAACGUGAGUUGGGAAAGAGAACAGUGUUAUUCUUCACUGGAAGCUAUUUGGCAAAUUUACUCAAUGGUCUUAUUGCAUACGGUUUAUUACGACUUCGUGGAAGAGCUGGUUUGGCUGGAUGGCAAUGGCUUUUCCUUGUUGACGGACUCGCUACUUUGACUGUGGGAAUCACAUCACUUUUUCUCCUACCCCGUGAUCCCAGCCGCGGAAACUCAAUUGUCAAACUCCCUCUUUCAUCUUUCACUCCUCGCGAGUCCGAAAUUCUUCUCGGACGUAUCGUUCGCGACAAUCCAUACAAUACCGACCCCAGGGAUUCCCAUCUCUCUCAAUUUCAAAUCUUGGUUUCUGUUCUUACAGAUUGGAAAGUUUGGGCACAUUGUUCAAUGGCUUUACUAGGAUUAGAAUAUUCUCCUCCAAUAGGAACAUAUUCACCAUCCAUCAUCAAGAGUUUUGGGUUUGGAACGUUCAAUUCGAAUUUAUUGGUGAUGCCAAAUAGUGCUCUUCUAAUCAUCACCACAUUUACAUUAUCAUGGUGGAGCGAUAAGGUUAACUCAAGAAGUAUACCAAUUAUCUUCGCUGCAAUAUGGUUACUCAUCGGUCUAAUCGUCCUCGAUACGCUCCCGCAUACAAAAAGCCACUGGACCUUCUACGCCUUCCUCGUCUUCACCGGCGGAUCACCCUCCUGGCAUCCCCUCAACGUCGCCUGGCUCAACGCAAAUCAACCUACACCUCGUCGUCGCGCUAUUGCUGUCGCGCUCUACAUGGCAAUGACGAAUCUAAGCGCUGUUCCCGCAAGUCAUAUUUUCCAAGCAAGUGACAAACCGUAUUAUCACAAGGGGUUUAAAAUACUGUUUAUUAUGGCGGCGUUGGCGAUUAGUGUUAUGGUGGCGAUGAGGUUUGCGUAUCGUUGGUUGAAUGGGAGGAUUGAGGAGGGGAAGGGGACCCUUGAGGGUGGGGAGUUGGAUAGGGGGUUUAGGUAUCAGUUGUAG